GCGUCCGGGCAUUGGUUUUGUUUUGGCGGAGUGAUGACUAUUCAUAUUAUCACAACGCCCGGUGCCUUUCAUCUCUCUCUCUCUUACAUGAUCACAUCCUCAACACAACAAAAGGCAACGAUAAAGGUCGGGAAAAGAUGGAUGAAGGAGAUACAUGUAGAAUCUGCAGAACGGGAGCAGAAGAGGAUACACCCCUCUAUCAUCCCUGUAAAUGUAGCGGCUCGAUUGCAAAAGUACAUCAAGAUUGUCUAAUAGAGUGGCUACAGCAUAGCAAAAAGAAAUCAUGCGAAUUAUGUCAUACUGAACUUCGAUUUCACAAGGUAUACUCACCUUCUAUGCCAGUCAAAUUACCACUAUAUCUCUAUAUCCGUAGAUUGAUAUUGAAAAUCUUACAAGCUUUUCGAUUCGCUUUACGAGCUGUAUUCGUUGGAACAGCAUGGUUAGCCUUGCUUCCAUUGGGCAAUCUAUACAUUUGGCGAUUACACUUCUUCACAGUUGACGCGCUGGUCUGGGGAAUCACUGGUAAUGAUGUACCAACGCCUCAAGUCCGUCUUAAUGCAUCAAUGACCGCCAACGAUUCAUCGUCUCUUGCAACUUCAGUCUUCUCAGCAGCGAAUGCCACAUUGACUGCUAUCAGUAGCAAUGCAGACAGCCAACAACAUUCGCCAGAUACGAUUCGGAUACCUUUCCCUCUUUUAUUUCUGGAUAAGCUGAUCAUGCGAACGCUCAAUCAUGCUGAUUAUCGUCGCAUUCUCGAUACGUUAGCACACGACACUUUUGAAGGACAGAUAUUAACAUGCGCUGUCGUGGUUCUUUUUGUCGCUUUAUUUCUUCUCAGAGAAUGGUGUUUGCAAAAUAUGCCACAACAAGUCGAUGGUCUUCAAUUCGAUCCCAAUCCUCCCCAAGCGCCUGUCAAUCGACCAGCUAUUGCAGAAGCUCCUGCUUUCCCAGCCAACCGACCUGAAGAUGUUCGACCUAUCGCAGCAUUCAAUCAGCAACCUGCCCCGUUAGCCGGGAAUCCUUUCCAAGAUGUUGUCGUACCUCAAGAGCAUCUUAGGGAAGGUAACGGACAUCGUGAGCAAGAGGACGAUUCUGAUGUAUCAGACAAUAAUGCGGCUACAGCAGGCUCCGAUGAUAACUCGAUAGACGAAAAUCGAGAGGAGAGGCAUGAGGCACGAGAGCAAAGAGCACCGAACUUUGAAGCUCAGCUUGAUCAUUUCCUCAAUGGUCUCAAUAAUGAGGAAGACGAAGAUCAUCAAAACAACAAUGAAGCCGAACAAAUAGACAGACGCAUUCAACAGUUAUUCAGACCUGCAGAGGACCGCAAUGAGAACAUAAAUCAAGCAGAGGUACAAGCUCGCGAACCACAAAUCAGACCUCCACCAAUCGUGAUGGGAAAUCAAAAUUUGGCAAACCCUGCACCAAACAUCGAUGCUGCUGAUUGGGAAGACGAGGGCGAAAACGGAGAGAGAUUAGAAGAUGACUUAGAAGGAAUGAUGGAAGCAAUUGGUAUGAGAGGUCCUCUAAUCAAUUUGAUCACGAAUAUGACGAUGAUGUUUGUUCUUUGUAGCUUCAUCUUGACAGUUUUCGUUGCUCUACCGUAUGGCAUUGGUCGCACGAUCGGCGUUGGUCACAAUAUGGCUAAACUGGUAACUUUACCUGUUCGUUUGUUACGUCUCUUAACCGAUCCCCUCGUUGACUGGAUGGUAGAUUACUGCAAGUCAAUUUUUGUUUCGCUUUACGGCGCUCAAAAGAGUCAAUCGGCAGGGCCAGCGUUAGUGAGGGGAGCUCCUUCGAUAUUGCGAAAGUGGUGGAGCGGAUCUGGAAAUUCAGCAGCCGUAGUACUAUCUGUGAAGGAUGCAAGUGGAAUGACAGGGCCAGGUCAAGCUCUUAAGACGACACUUUUUGCUCUAGGAGGCAAUGUACUCCAAUCGUCAAGGCAAGUAUACUCAGAAUUAGAUGCAAAGACAUAUGCUAGAACAAGCUCUGAUCGAGCAUUCUGUAUCGGUCUUGGACACUUCUACUGGCUGAUAGGAUUGGCAAUUCAAAACAGAUUAUCCGAUGUGUAUAUCCGAUGGAAUCUAAGAGCUUUGAAGACAUUUGUCGAUCAACAAAUCGUCGUUCUCAAGGUGCUGGGAUUCAUCGUUCUCGAAUUGGUCGUUUUCCCGUUGUGUUGUGGUAUUUUGACGGAUUUAUCUCUGCACCCGUUGUGGGAAGGUGUUACCAUUCAUUCCCGUAUUGCUCUCAUUCAAAGCAAGCCUUUCAGCGUAUGUUUUACGCUUUGGUCUUUGGGAACUUUGUACAUGUUUGCAUUGGCUCAAUUUGUGGCCCAUACUCGUAGUAUUGUGCGGCCAGGUGUAUUAUGCUUCGUUCGUGAUGCGGGCGAUCCAAACUUUCAUCCGAUUAAAGACAUUCUCGAACGUCGAUCUCUGGAACAACUACGCAAGAUUGGAAUUAGUGGCAUAAUUUACAGCAGUAUUUUAGCCGUCACUUUGGGCUUAUGCACUCGAAUUGUUGCUUGGACGACGUAUGGUAUCCUGCCAUUGAAUUGGAACGUUCAUCAAACGUUUAGCAGCGUUGGCUUUGAGUUGGUAGGAAUUGCUGUUCUUUUACCUGUUGCUGCGAAAGCAUGGUUCCCUGGACAUUGGCUCAAACGUGCAGCAAAAAGGUGGUGGAGAUCAACUGCUCAUGCUUUGAGCAUAUCGUCGUAUCUGAUCGGCGGUCGUUACCCGAAUGAAGAAGUGCCCACCAAUUCUUGGGACUCCCUUAAAGGUUGGUUAUUGGAUCAUUUGCGAUCGAUUGGUGUCGUUGCUGAGCAAGAUCAAUUAACAGAUGAGAAUGAAGUCACUACGAAAGGAUCCAUUGCUUGGGGAGGAUAUGGACGUGUGCCAGCAGAUGAUCAUGCUAUCAUGUCAUCACCACUAGUGAUUAGGACUGAUGCAAGUGGGCAACCGAUCGAAGCCAGAGGAAAGGAAGCAAUGAAGGCACAAGUUGAAGCUAUCGAAAAAGUGACGACAAAGAAGCCCCAGUAUACCGUUGUUCACCUACCUGACCAAUUCAGAGCUAGGAUCAUUACCCUUUUUGUUGCCAUUUGGCUGACAUUGUGCACUAUUCUACUCACAAUCUUUUUGCCGCCUUUGCUAAUCGGAAGAUCAACGAUUCAAGUGAUCAAAUGGCAAGGUUCAAGAAAUGUAACAUUAGCACAACAGCACAAUGCGCCAAUGCAUGAUGGUCUUGCAUGGUUCGUCGGCUGUUGUGUUUUCGGUAUCUCCCAUACGGUUGGAUCGAAGUUGCAGCGGAUGUACCUUAAAAUGCGAACAAGUAGUAACGCAACUCGAAGAUUUGGCAAGCAUGUCCGUCGAUUCCUUCAACGAUGCGCUCUUAUCUUUUUGUUUGGAAUUGUGACGAGCACUUCUUUGGGUAUACUUGUGGAAAUGUAUGUCAACGGCUUAACACGGAUAUUUACCGGAUCAGCUCGUAUGCCAGACAUUUCUCUCUUUCAUGUUUGGUCUAUGGGUUUGAUGGAACAACAUCUAGCCUAUGAGGUCGUUCGCAUACGUAGAGGACGUACAUUUAGACCUGAUUGGGAAAACGCAAGUAUGCGAUCACUUUCUAAUCAUACUUUAGGUCCUAUGUACGCUUUGCUUGAUGUACAAAAUGGUGGAUGGCGAAAACCAAAGCUUAUGACGAUGAUCAAGAAAGCUUUCUUACCUGCAAUCAGUAUUCAUGCUCUAGCAAUCGGAGUACCGAUUUUUGCAUGUCAUUUGAUUGCAAAGUUCAAUAAAGACGCAGCGGAAGAAUUACGAGCAGCGAACAUAUCUAUCAUUUAUGCCAUUUGUCUAUCUUAUGGUACCGUCAGCUUACUAUUGCAAAAUAUUACCAACCUUAUGAAUAGUUGGACGGACAUCUUGAAAGAUGAACAUUUUUUGAUUUCUACUGAAUUGAAAAAUUAUCAAGCAAACCUUUCUAGCGAGAAUGCAUCAGGAGAUCAAAGCAACGGACAAGCAACUGAACCAGCAAACGCUCUUCCAGACAGAGGUGAUGCUCGUUUGAAUGCUGAAGGACCUAUUCCUGAAGCUUUAUUACGUCCAUAAAACAAUAGAAAACAGAAAAAGUCAUUUGAACAGCAUCAUGCACAACAACACUCAUUGUAUUAUUAUUUUUCUCAAUCAUCUUGUGAUCUCUUUUGUACCAUACCCAAAAAAGCAGAGAAUAUGAC